AUGUCGGAUAUGAAUAUUGCAAUCACCAAUUCUGUUCCUCUUGAUCGAAUAACCGAGUCGGUAAAAAGAUCCCAAGUGAUUGAAUAUCCUGAUCAGCUAGGUAAACGAACGAUUGACACAAAUUCUGAAGAGUUUGAAGGAAAGAAGGUCUCGGAUAGACUUAAUACACAAAAGACUGGCAAGGAUAUUCCCGGUGAGCAACAAAGGCCACCUCUAGUCCCAAUUUUACAACGUGAUUUGGACAUCAAACGAGUUCAGUUGAAGUCACUGGAACGUUCGUUCCAGCAUGAUUUGAUUGACCUGGAUCACCCUGACGUGCUAAAAAACUGGAAGGAUAUCCCGGCAACUGAUACGUAUUUUUACAUGUUGCGCCCGGAAAAGCUUGCGAAUGACAAGGCAUUUAAAAUACACCAGUGUAAGAGAAUGUGGUGUGCCAAAAGCAUGUUAAGGGAGAGCUUUAGAAGUGACAACCAAACACACAGAAGAAGGGUAACAGUAAAAUAUUCUUUAGCGGUUUAUUUCAUCAAUAUCGUUAACAAGGAUCCCCAUAGUUCAGACUCUAUCAAUGACGCUUUCGAAGAUAUGGGUCGCGAUGAGUCCCCUAUCAUAGCAACCGUGCUUUUUCCUCCACCAGAGGUCGCGAAUGAACCUUCAGUGUGUAUUUUAGCGUUCUUUUAG